AUGGUGGCGUCAUCAGCCAAUGAAGGGCCUGAAACACUCAUAGAUGCCGGGAUUGUGGCGCGCACACCCGGUCGCAAGAGGCAAGCAUCCAGUCCACCGCCACUAAAUAAAGGCCGACAAAAGAUCACCAGAGCCUGUGACUCGUGUAAAGUCAAAAAGACAAAGUGUACAGGUACUCUGCCAUGUACCAGGUGUACGCGCCUUUUGCUUCAAUGCAGAUACAAUGCGGCUUACUCGAGAGGUCUGCCACCGGACCCCCUGCCGUCACCUGCUCCGGACUCUAGGCAUACUUCCGACGUAUCUAAACCAUUGGACUCUCGUGGUGGUACGAACUUGACUGCCAGGGACACAGCUAAUGCACAUGAACAUUUGAAUUCUCAUGUAGCACCGCUGCGUCACUCGCCAGAGCCCGGGUUUACGGACUUUGAGGGGAACUACAUUGGUCCUUCUUCCGGGAUAUCCUUCAUUAAUCGUGUCUGGGGACGAUUGAACCAUCAAGCACGGCUUCCUAACGAGCUUCAAAACGAAUCCUCCAUAAAUACUGCUGUGUUCAUGUUUGGUGAUAAGCCUUAUUCUAACCAUGAGCAUGUAAACUUCAUCCUACCGUCCUUUGAUAAAGCCAUGGAGUUUGUGGCGAUAUACUUUGAUUUCUCAAUGGUUACUUAUCGCUUCUUGCAUCGAGGUAAUGUAGAGAAUUGGGUCAAACAAGUCUACGACCACAAUAUUUCAGUUACAAAUCUACCAGUGGGAAACAUGGUUGCAAGGACGGCGAUUGUUCUAAUGAUACUGGCUGUAAGUACUUUAUUUCAUCAACUUCAACCUGGUGAUACAUUAGUGAGCGGUGGUGAACAAUGGUUCAUGGCCUCAAAAUACAUGUCGUCUUUGGAGUCUGGUCCUCCGCGACUGGAGACUAUCCAAUUGAGACUUAUUCAAUGCUUGUAUCUCUUGUCAACAUCUCGAGCUAAUGAGUGCUGGUACUCAUUUGGUACGGCAUUGCAGGUCGUCACUGCACUUGGCCUUCAUAGAAAAUGGCCUGUCAAGCUUUCCAAAUAUGGAGGCUCAUGUUUUGAGUCUGAAAUGCGUAAACGCAUAUUCUGGAGUGUAUACACUUUGGAUAAAUACCUCAGCAUCAUGUUUGGACGACCACGACUACUUCACGAUGAAGAUAUCGAUCAGGAAUUGCCAGAGGAAAUGAACGACGAAGAUCUGCUAGAGGAAGACCCAGCGCGACGCUCAGGCUCUACAGACAGCAUGAUGAUAGCAUCCGUUCUGCAUUAUAGACUUGGACGCAUCUUGGGUGAAAUAUCUCGCCAGCUCUACAGUAUCAAACCCCAUUCUCGGGAAACUCCACUAGAAACCGCCGCGCGUCUGACCUCGGAACUGGAAAGGUGGAAAGAGAGCGUACCGCCCCUGUUCAACAGUGUUCGGCCUUCUAGUUUGAUCCCACCUCUCUGCCGACAGAGCCAGGUUCUCCAAAUGGCAUACUCACAUGCAAUGAUCCAUGUCACACGCUCAUUUUUGCUAAAUGAUUUCACCGAUCUCAGCCGCAGACCCAGAGAUCCCCAUCCGAUGAUUAGUGCACAUGUUCAAAAAUGUAUCGGAGCUGCAGAGGAAGUUAUGACCCUCGUAGAAGGUCUCGCUCAGCAAAGGGUCUUUAUUCAAUCUUUCUGGUUCACCCACUACGUAUGCUUCUGCGCUAUAUUGGUUGUUUAUAUUCACAUUAUCCAACAACACCGCCAGUCGACGGCUCCAAGUCCCUCGGGUGGAAGUCCGGCAAAUAUUAGCAAAAUGCAAGCCCUCUUCGCACUUGCUGAGUCCUGUCAGCAGUAUCUUGCGGAGGCUACAAGAAAGAACUGUCCCAGUCGGCGGUAUAGCAUUAUCCUUGAAGAACUUAGGCGAGAAGUCCAUAGACAGAUCGGAUCCGAUGAUCGGUCCAAAUUUGGUCAGGUGUCUGCUAUACGUGAUCAUGCUGCUACCAUGCUUGCAAUAAGUCAUGAAGGAGGUGAUUCGACCGCUUCUUUUGCCGACAACAUCGAUUUAUCUAUUCCUGAAAUGCUUCCAGCCAGUGAGCUUGGGUCAAUAAACCCUGUGGAGGAUGCAGGAUUCUUUGAAAACUUAGAAGGCUCAAUAUGGUGGGCUCAACUUGACUCGUGGGCCCUAUCAAACUUUCCAAAUGAUACAUCUACGUUCACCAUUUAG